AUGAGCUACCUCGAGCGCCGGAUACUGCCAAUGGACGAAGCCAAAGCACGAGCUAUCGUACGCAGGUGCAAGUCUUUCACCAUCAUCAAUAAAGAACUGUACAAGCGCAGCGUCUCGGGAGUGUUCCAGCGAUGCGUCGCCACCGAAGAAGGGCGCAACAUCCUGCGUGACAUCCACGCAGGGGACUGCGGCCACCACGCAGGCGCACGUUCCAUAGUCGCCAAAGCUUUCCGUCACGGCUUCUAUUGGCCAACAGCCCACGAAGAUGCAAUCGCGCUCGUCCGUUCGUGCGUCGGGUGCCAAAAGUACGCAAGCUAG